GCGUCGUGCCCAUCAGUGACCUUAUACUUUCAGCACUGGCACGCUCCUCUUCCGAUUUUUCUUUGGUACAUAUCGCUUUCUUGCUGUAUCUUCCACAUCUUGACACUGAAUAAUAUUUAGACCAACAGCCAUGUUCGGUUCCUUCGGUGGCAACACCGGCAGUGCCUUUGGCUCUACUCAACCUCAACAACAGCAGCCACAGCCACAGCCGCAACAGCAGCAGCAACAAUCAGGAGGGGGCGUGUUUGGUGGUGGAGGUUUUGGUUCAAGUAAUCAACCCUCUACAGGAACAUCUGCCUUCGGUGGCGCAAAUACACAACAGCAGCAAGGCGGGUCGUCUUUGUUUGGUAGUACAUCAAUGCAGCCAGGCCAAACAGGUGGAGGGGCUUUCGGCAGCACGCCAUCGCAGGGUGGAGGAGGUCUUUUUGGUGGUUCAAAUCCCAACCAACAGCAGCAGCAGCAGCCCACUGGUGGUGGAAUCUUUGGAAGCACGCAAAAUCAGCCACAGCAGAGUACUGGUGGCGGUUUGUUUGGAAGUGCUGCAGGGACAGGAACUGGAACUGGAAGCAUGUUUGGAAGUACGCAGAAUCAGCAACAGCAACAGCAACAACAACAACCUGGGACAGGAGGAUCGCUGUUUGGAAGCACGGGUACCUCGUCGACAAAUCAACCUAGUGGGGGUCUAUUUGGAAGCACAGGCGCGUCUACUUCCGGUGCCCAAGGCAGCUCCUUGUUCGGCAGUACAGGCACGUCUGGAGGUGGUUUGUUUGGCAGUACGACUACCCAACCAUCAUCAGGAGGCCUAUUCGGUAGUACCACCCAACCUGCACCCUCUGGCGGACUAUUCGGCGGUCAGACCCAACAGCAGAAGCCCGCACCGACGUUUGGCUUUACGCAACAACCACCGCAGCAGCAACAGCAGCAACAGCAGCAGCAACAACAACCUCAGAUAGGAUCACUCUUUGGGAGUACACUGGGUACCUCCGCUCUCAGUGGAUCCACUUUUUUCGGUGGAGGAAGGUCGACUGCCAUUUCUUCGCAACAACCUGACACUCAAAAACAAUUUGUUGCACUACAACAGCAAAUCGAGGAGACUGUGCAGGCGUGGACGCCGAAUUCACCUCAGUGUCGUUUCCAACAUUAUUUCUACAACCUGGUUGACCCUGCGCAAGUCCACCUGUAUGGCCGACCGCCGAAUGCUAUCAACGAUGCUCUUUGGCAAAAGGCUGUUCGUGAAAAUCCCGAUCCAAGCUGUCUCGUUCCUGUAAUUGCGAACGGGUUUGAUGAUCUUCAACAACGGGUUGAGGCCCAGACAAGACAAGCUCAAGAGCAGCACGAAAAGCUGAAGGAACUCAAAACCAAAAUUGAUCAACUUCAACAACGUCAUCAAAUAUCCAACACAUCUCGAUUACGACGAGCUUCGGCUUUACAAACACAGCUGACUCAACGCGUCCUGAAAGUGGUACAGCACCUGCAUCUCCUCAUACCCGCCCUCCGUUCUUCGUCUAUUCGACCGGAAGAAGAGGCGCUCCGGGUGGCUUUGGAGGAUAUCGACGAGGAAGUCCGCCGACCCGGUGGAAUUGGCAAGAUGAGAGCCAAGUUGAAUGAAUUAUGGGCGCUCGUUGGGGCGUUGAACGCAGCGCGAGAGCAAGAUCAAAAGGAUGGGAGUGUAGGUUGGGCGGUAGUUGACGAGGAUGGGUUGAACCAGAUCGCUCAGGUACUUGGCGAGGAACAGGCGGGCUUGGCUCAUGUUACAAAGGUACUGCGGCGAGAUUUGAAAGACCUAGCUGUGAUUCAGGGCGUGUCUGUAAAAGAAGAGGAGGAACCGGACAUCUUCCUUACUGCAUCUACUAUGCGGACCUCAGUGUACUAGCAUCAUUGAAAUACUGUACCCAUUUGUCACUCGUCGUGACGCAUCGAUUGCGAUGUUUCCCUUACGUUCCGUCGCAUACCUACCUCGUCGUACUUGCAUCCGCUCUUCUAUUGCUACAUGCAACCGAUUGCUACAUAUUCAUGCAUGUAUUCUGGUUGUUUUUGUAUCGUAAAUUGUGGCCUGUCGAUAAGGCGUGAGAUAAGACAAUCGCGUGAGCUGAACCUUGCACGCCACAAGCGAUUUCUC